CCUGCUCGGGCACUCCAGGAAGGAAACCAGCAAAAUUUCGACGCACCCUCUACCUCGAUAACUGUAAGAUGCCUAAAGCUCCUAAGGUGAGAUUGAGCCAUGUGCCUUUGCACCAGGACAUUGAAAAGAGCCGCGAGGAAGGCAUUUUGCGAACAAAAACCUCAAAACCUCAAAAGUCCGGAAAAAAGAAGGCAAAUGCUGAGUUUCUAGACGCGAAAUCGUCAAAGAAAAUUCUUCGUCUUGCUAGAGAACAAGCAGAGGAGAUUGAACAGGAAGAAAACGCCGAAGGAAACGCGAAAAAUGAGGGCAAUUCGUUGAAAAUUACAUCUUUGAAAGCUUCCAGCAAGCCUGAAGCUGCUUCAGUUUCGCUUUCCGCCAGAGACAGUCUGUCAAAUCCUCAAAUCGAAGACGAGGACGACGACAGUGAUGAUGCUAAUUACGGCUCGGAUAAUGAAUUUGUUGCUGGAGAGGAGGAGGAUGAGUACGAAGAGUUCGAAAUCGAUGAAGGUGACAAGGCUCUGUUUGACAAGUUUCUCCCAGAAACAGAACAAAAACCCACCAACUUGUCGAAUCUUAUUAUGCAGAAGAUUCAAGAGGCAGAGGCGAGAGCUCGCGGUGAGUUGCCCGUGGAAGAAGAAGAAGAAUCGGGAUUGCCUCCGCUCCCUCCUAAGGUUAUCGAGGUUUAUAGCAAGGUAGGCUUGCUGUUGUCUAGAUACCGUUCAGGCAAAAUCCCUAAAGCGUUCAAAAUUAUUCCUAACUUAUCGAACUGGGAAGAUAUUCUCUAUCUUACAAGACCAGACACAUGGACUCCUCACGCCGUGUAUCAAGCCACACGUAUUUUCGUCUCCAAUUUGAAGCCUCUCCAGGCCCAGCGGUUUUUGACAACUGUUUUGCUUGAACGUGUCCGUGAGGAUAUUCGUGACGGAGGAAAACUUAACUAUCACUUGUACAUGGCUUUAAAGAAGGGCCUUUAUAAACCCGCAGCUUGGUUUAAGGGAUUCCUGUUUCCUCUCCUCCAGGAGGGUUGCACCUUACGUGAAGCCGCUAUCGUCGGCAGUGUUCUCACUAAAGUUUCAGUCCCUGUACUGCAUUCUGCUGCUGCUUUGCUUCGUUUGACAGAGUUUGAAAUGAGUGGAGCACAGUCGUUAUUUAUCCGCAUCUUAUUGGACAAAAAGUACGCUCUGCCGUACAAGGUAGUGGACGCACUUGUUUUCUAUUUCCUUCGUUGGAAGUCUAUUGAUCGUCCUCUUGCUGUUCUUGAACAUCAAUCGUUGCUUGUAUUCGCUCAACGAUACAAGCAUGAUAUCACGCCUGAGCAAAAAGAUGCAUUGCUCGAGGUUGUCAUUGCUAAGGGUCAUUACUCCAUUGGUCCGGAGAUUCGCCGUGAACUCGCAAACAGCACGAGCCGUGGUGAAGAAAUUCCGGAUGAAGAAAUGCAGUUGUAGAUUGGGCUAAUAAAUUUUUGGUUAAUUCGGGAGGUUAUUCUCAGUUGGCGGGGGAGGACGUGACGGAAGGCGAAUUAUG